CACGUGAGCAACAAAUGAAUUGUUCACUUCUACAGGAUUAUCUGCCGGUUUUACAGAAAAGGAAACAGAGCGAAGAGCCCAAAGCCACAUACAACUAGUGAAGAGGCAGAGGCUGCACUUGAACUGUCCCAGAGUACACGGUCGAGGCGUCCCACGCGUAAAAGCCUUAGAAAUCGUCCCUCCUGGGGUAAAAAGAGGUGACGCGGUACGGUGGCAGGGAAAUCCUCCGGCUGACCGUCUUGUCGCGGGGAGAGGUUGGGCAGCAACCCACUCAGAAGGGGAAAAACCGAGUGUGAGCGGGCAGACGAGGUCGCUUGUACACCCCGCCCCGCCAGACCGCGCCCGGGUUGGUGCCUCCCCGCGCAGCUGCGAGACGCGGCGCCUUUAAAGCCCGGCUGGGGGCGUGCCCGGCGCGCUGAGGGCACGCCUCUGGGCGCGUCCGCCCGGCGCCCCGCCCCGAGGCUUGUAGCCGCGGCCCCGGGAGGCGGGGCACGCUUUGGAUCGGCGGCCGUUCGAGUGGCGGAGGUUCGGCGGCUUGGCGCCUCCUUUCCCUCCGGCGGCUUCCCCGCGCGCUGCCCAGGGCGCCCGGCCGCGCCCUGACACACUCGGCCAGCUCGGCUAUGGCCCGCGCCCCGCGACGUGGCGGGCGGGCACGGGGGCGCCGGACGGCGCGGCCAGAGUGAGGCGAGGCCGCCCUCCCGCCCUCGGCCGGGGCCGCCCGGGAUGGCCGUGCCGCCGCUCCGCCGGGCGCUGCUGCUGUGGCAGCUGCUGGCGGCGGGCGGCGCGGCGCUGGAGAUCGGCCGCUUCGACCCGGAGCGCGGGCGCGGGCCGGCGCCGUGCCAGGCGGUGGAGAUCCCCAUGUGCCGCGGCAUCGGCUACAACCUGACCCGCAUGCCCAACCUGCUGGGCCACACGUCGCAGGGCGAGGCGGCCGCCGAGCUGGCCGAGUUCGCGCCUCUCGUGCAGUACGGCUGCCACAGCCACCUGCGCUUCUUCCUGUGCUCGCUCUACGCGCCCAUGUGCACCGACCAGGUCUCGACGCCCAUCCCCGCUUGCCGGCCCAUGUGCGAGCAGGCGCGCCUGCGCUGCGCGCCCAUCAUGGAGCAGUUCAACUUCGGCUGGCCGGACUCGCUGGACUGCGCCCGGCUGCCCACGCGCAACGACCCGCACGCGCUCUGCAUGGAGGCGCCCGAGAACGCCACGGCCGGCCCCGCCGAGCCCCACAAGGGCCUAGGCAUGCUGCCCGUGGCGCCGCGGCCCGCGCGGCCCCCAGGCGACGCCAUCCUAGGCGCCGCCGGCGGCACCUGUGAGAACCCCGAGAAGUUCCAGUACGUGGAGAAGAGCCGCUCGUGCGCGCCGCGCUGCGGGCCGGGCGUCGAGGUGUUCUGGUCGCGGCGCGACAAGGACUUCGCGCUCGUCUGGAUGGCCGUGUGGUCGGCGCUGUGCUUCUUCUCCACUGCCUUCACCGUGCUCACCUUCUUGCUGGAACCUCACCGCUUCCAGUACCCGGAGCGCCCCAUCAUUUUCCUUUCCAUGUGCUACAACGUCUACUCGCUAGCCUUCCUCAUCCGGGCUGUGGCUGGGGCCCAGAGCGUGGCUUGUGACCAGGAGGCGGGUGCGCUCUACGUGAUCCAGGAGGGCCUGGAGAACACGGGCUGCACCCUCGUCUUCCUGCUGCUCUACUACUUCGGCAUGGCCAGCUCGCUGUGGUGGGUGGUGCUGACCCUCACCUGGUUCCUGGCGGCCGGCAAGAAGUGGGGCCACGAGGCCAUUGAGGCCCACGGCAGCUACUUCCACAUGGCAGCCUGGGGGCUGCCGGCUCUCAAGACCAUCGUUAUCCUGACUCUGCGCAAGGUGGCAGGGGAUGAGCUGACCGGGCUCUGUUACGUGGCCAGCAUGGAUGCGGGGGCACUCACGGGCUUCGUGCUGGUACCCCUCUCCUGCUACCUGGUGCUGGGCACGAGCUUCCUCCUGACCGGCUUUGUGGCCCUCUUCCACAUCCGCAAGAUCAUGAAGACAGGGGGCACCAAUACGGAGAAGCUGGAGAAGCUCAUGGUCAAGAUUGGGGUCUUCUCCAUCCUCUACACUGUGCCCGCCACCUGCGUCAUUGUGUGCUACGUCUAUGAACGCCUCAACAUGGACUUCUGGCGCUUGCGGGCCACAGAGCAGCCCUGCUCGGCAGCCACCACGCCCGGAGGCUGGAGGGACUGCUCGCUGCAAGGGGGCUCAGUGCCCACCGUGGCUGUCUUUAUGCUCAAAAUCUUCAUGUCGCUGGUGGUGGGCAUCACCAGCGGCGUCUGGGUAUGGAGCUCCAAGACUUUCCAGACCUGGCAGAGCCUGUGCCACCGCAAGAUGGCAGCUGGCCGGGCACGGGCAAAGACCUGCCGGGCCCCCGGGGGCUAUGGCCGUGGCACCCACUGCCACUAUAAGGCCCCCACCGUGGUCUUGCACAUGACUAAGACGGAUCCUUCUCUGGAGAACCCCACACACCUCUAGGGACACAGGCCUGCGUGGGGAGGCUGUUGCCCCCUCCUAGCCCCCCUCCGGAGGAGACAGCUGACUAGCAGCUGCCCAGCUGUCAAGGUCAGGCAAGUGAGUGCGAGGGGCCGAGGACCAGGGCGGGGAGACUCUCAUUCAACCCUCACUUGUCAGGACCCAGUGAGGCUCACUCCCCUGUCGCCUAGUGCAAGGGGGUGGGCCUGGCUGAGUCCCCCGCAGGGCCCUGGGGGUGGGGGCAUGUGGAGAGGAGGAGGGGUAGAAGGGGGUGUGGUCCAGCAGAGUUUAUUUAAUGAUGUAAUUUAUUGUUGGAGUUUCUCUGGAAGCUGUGACUAGAAUAAACCCCCGUGUGGCACCGCUGAGUCUUCUCUGGACUGGAAAGGGAGAAGGUAGGAGGGUGAGGGCCCUGCAGGAGUCUCCCAUGUGAGCAGAGCUGGGGGUGGGUUCUGGGCUUAUCCCCUGACCCCGUUUUCUGACUCUCCAUCAAUGGGGAGGACAUCGUGCUGUGAAACAGCUGUGUUUUGCAGGAGUCCCAGAUUCUUCUCCUCUUUGCUCCUUUUGGCAACCUGCUUGCCUCUCUGAGCCCUGGGUUCCUGUUUCCCAAAGUGAGACUGGGAUGCCUGCUGGGAUACUCAGGGAAUCCCCUGGGAUGACACUGUCCCCCUCUGGCCCGGGGGAGUCUAGCCUGUUUGGGUCCUGGGGGUAAGACUCUGCUUUCCUCAUUUUGUAUAAAAAAU